UUGAAAUACACGAAUAUCAAAGUCGCAGCGUUCAAGUGUCACGUGGUACCUCUGAGCAAAGUUUAUUCAACAGUUUGUAGAAUUUCCAACAUGCUUCUAUCGGUUACAAAAAUCACCAAUCGGAAUGGCCAACAGUUGAUGCGUUUCGUUUCGGUUAGAUGUCUCUCCACUGCAACGAAAGCUGCUCCUGUACCCACCGAAAAAUCGCCUCAACCCAAGCAAUGCCAAUCGUUCAUGAUGAACUUAUUCAGCGGCCAGCUACAGACCUCGCAACUCUUUCCGUACCCAGAUGUGCUGAACGAGGAACACAAGGAAUAUGCGCAGGCUGUCAUCGGACCAGUUAAUCGAUUUUUCCAAGAAGUCAACGACCACAUCCGAAAUGAUGAGACGUCCAACCUGGACAAGAAAACCAUGGACGCCAUUUGGCAUUUGGGCAUAAUGGGGAAUGCAAUACCGGUAGAGUAUGGUGGUUUAGGUCUUACCAAUGUUGUUGCAUCUCGCCUGGGUGACAUCAGCGGAGGAAAUGAUCUGGCCCUAACCAUAGCGAUAGGAGCUCAUCAGUCGAUUGGAACCAAGGGAAUACUGUUGUUUGGAACCGAACAGCAGAAGGCAAAAUAUCUCCCACAACUUAGCAGUGGUGGUGUGAUCGGAGCGUUUGCUUUAACUGAACCGUCGGUUGGUUCGGAUGCCGCGUCGGUGAAAACCAAAGCGGUUCUGAGUCCUUGCGGGAAAUAUUACAUUCUGAAUGGAUCCAAACUGUGGUGCACCGGAGGUGGAGUUGCCGGUAUAUUCACGACGUUUGCUCAAACUGAGGUGAUUGAUCCUAAGACUGGUGAAAAGAAAGAGAAAAUGACCGCGUUCAUAGUUGAGCGUGGAUUCCAUGGAGUGUCCACGGGACCACCGGAGAAGAAGAUGGGACUGAAGUGUUCUAUCACAACAGAUGUUUACUUCGAUGAUGUUAAGGUUCCCGUAGAGAACGUACUUGGUGAGGUAGGAAACGGAUUCAAGGUCGCGGUGAAUAUUCUGAAUGCUGGUAGAUAUGGACUGUGUGCGAUGUUGACGGGAACCAUGCGAUCUUGUAUCGAGAAAGCAGCGGAACAUGUUACCACACGGGUUCAGUUUAAACGGAAGCUUGAAGAAUUCGAAAACGUGCAGGAAAAACUUGCUAAAAUGGCAAUGCAUCACUAUGUGGCUCAGACUCUUACCUACAUGGUUGCUGGAAAUAUGGACCGGGGAUCGCAGGAUUACCACUUGGAAGCUGCUAUUACUAAAGUGUUUGGUACGGAAGCCGGCUGGUACGUUUGCGAUGAAGCCAUCCAGCUGCUUGGUGGGAAUGGUUAUAUGCAAGCCCCCGGAUUGGAGCAGUUCAUGCGAGACAUGCGGGUGUUCCGGAUAUUCGAAGGCGCUAAUGACGUACUGAGGAUGUUCAUCGCAUUGACCGGUAUUCAAAGUGCAGGCAAACAACUGAAGGGACUCCAGCAGGCGCUGAAAAAUCCAUUGAUGAAUUUGGGAACGGUUUUGCAGGAGGGUACUAAACGGGUGGCACGUACCGUUGGCACCAACAAGACCGACCUAGGAGGGUUUGUUGCCGAACCGCUGAAGGAAGCGGCGAAAUUGUGUAGUCAGAGCAUCGACCUCUUCAGUCAUACCAUUGAGUCUGUGCUAGUCAAACACGGCAAAGGCAUCGUGGAGCGACAGUUCAUCCUGGCCCGCAUUGCAGACUGCGCCGUCGACAUCUACACCAUGGCCUGUGUGCUGUCUCGCGCAACUCGAGCCAUUCGAAAGGGACUACCGUCGGCGGAACAUGAAACUCUUAUGGCUCAAGCGUGGUGUGUUGAGGCCAACUAUCGGGUACAGCAGAACAUCGAACGCAUACACUCGAGGACGUUUCAAGAUAACUACAGCAGGAUGAGGCAGAUAGCUAAAAAUAUCACCACACACCAGGGGCCAGCACAUACUAAUCCAUUGGAGAUAGAUUAGAUACGAUCUUGUGAAUGCAAUCUGAUAGCAUGACUUGGAUAAAAAACUGAUUUCUGUAAGAAAGCUAAGAUAUGGAUAUUAGAGAUGGUCGGGUUCGGGUUUUUGGACCCGAAACCCGGACCCGACCCGAACCCCACGGGUUUCGGGUCGGGUUCGGGUUUUGUAAAUAUAAGCUUCUCGGGUUCGGGUCGGGUUCCGGGUUUUCAAAUUUGAAAUUCUCGGG